AUGGCUAGGAGUGGACGUAGAGCCCUCUGUCUCCUUACCAGUAUUCUACUAAUCGCGCUGGGUGGCGUGUUGACUUUAACUCUAUUUGACAAAACCUCGAAAUGGCGGUUUGCCGGCAGUGACGGUGGAAAUGAAAGCGAGAAGGCGAAGCAGGUGGCCCUCGUAUCAGAGCUCCAGGCCUUGGCCCAAUUGGCCAAUAGGACAGUGGAAGAGUUUGCCAUGGAAGUGUUGGCUCAGCAGGAUAGAAUAAGGUCUACGUUUUGUGCCAACGGUAGUACCGCGGCUGAAACUCCGCUUGAAUUCUGCGAGGAGGCGUGUACAGCAUCCGAGCAGCCCCGUGUACUUAUGGUCUUUCCCAUCAGGGAUCGUUGGGAGCUGUUAAGGUCACUUUUAAGGAAACUUUUGCCCCUACUUAAUCGACCAACUGUCUGCACUUUCAUUGCUAUCGUUGAACAGACGGAUGCCCUUGCAUUCAACAAAGGCCUGCUGAUGAACGCUGCUGCGAUGGAAAUGAGCAAACGAGUGCCUUUCGACUGCAUCAUCUUCCACGAUGCGGAUUUGGUACCCGUCGAUGGUGAUGAAGUGUACUACGAGUGCCCCUCUUAUCCUCGCCACUUAACUGUGAAAGUCGACAAGUUUCGAUACAGGAAAGUGGUGAUAAUUAUUACUUUUACAAAAGUAUUGACAAGUACUCCCAUACUCAUCUACUCCCACCUUGACAAGUGCCUGCAACUCUUUGCUUUGAUUGGAGAUCUGCCAUAUCUGAAUCUAAUCGGUGGGAUUCUGGCUCUCCCGCUGCAGCAUUUUUUGAGAGUAAAUGGGUUUUCUAACAUGUUCUGGGGCUGGGGUGCUGAAGACGACGAUAUGUUUGAAAGGUUAUCCUUUCUAGGCAUUCCUAUCACUAGACCAAUGGUGAAUCCAACAAGGUACACUAUGCUGCCACAUCGAAGUAGUGAAAGACUAGACGCCUGGAGAACGAUUGUACUGUUAAAAAUGGCCCUCAGGCGAUACCGACUUGAUGGCCUCAACUCCGCACAAUACAGAACAAUAAGAACGAACCUGACUACCACUUGCGAUGUGAUCGGCGAAAACCGAUCGGAGUGCCGCUUUGGAAAGAAAUACAUUAUGCAUCUUCUUAUUGACCCUCAACCAAUAACAGCACCCAAUGUGAAUAUAUUCUAUAAUAAACAUUGA